AUGAGUCGACCAUUGCAGCUAGAGACCCAAAAUGAACAGGGCCGUAAUCCCCGAUACUCGUUCAUGGAGACUCCGCUCGAGAUGCAUCCACCUUCCCAUAUUCGGUUUCCAACCUCGACACCACCGGUGCCUGCAGAACCCAGCCCCGCUCCACAGCAACCAGCAGCGAUCGAGCAAUCAAGGGAAGUACAGCAGCAAACAGCGCAGUACUUUCCGAGUGAGAAAGAACAGCACUUGCAACAAGAGGGCAUUAUUCCUACGUAUUCCAAAUACCCACCGCCAGACCAGCACCCAGCGCAUUUUGCUCCUUAUGCCGAGGCUACUCAGCCACAGCCUGAUAUACAACCAGUUCAGUCGCCCAUGCAGUCACCGCUCCAUUCACCACUUCAGUUACAGCAAUACCCUCAGCAUGCCUAUCAAUACCAGCAGACGUAUCAGCAGCCACAACAGCAGACCUACCAACAGGCGUACCAACAGACCUACCAAAAACAGGUGUACCAACAAGCGAUUCAACAGACGUAUCAACAGCCACAGCAACAAACACAGCAAGAGACGUACAACCAACCUCCAAACUCCCCAGGGCCUCUGCCAGUGAAGAUAAAUCCAGAUGCCCCUACUAGAAGCGAUACAAUGACGGUUGGACCCGAUGUGAACCCAUUACAGUCACCCAAACUACCGUCGUUUCCUCCAGCGACUGCAAUCUCAUCCCCAGGGCCAGCAGCAGAAGACCUGAGUACCUUCCACCAACCUGGCCAAAUAAUGCACCCGAACCAAGAAGUAUUUGGUGGAGGAUGGACCAACGGGAUGUGUGACUGUUCCAACAAUUUUUCAGCAUGCUUCCUUGGUAUCCUCUGCCCCUGUAUCCUCUACGGAAAGACACAGUACCGUCUCAACCGAAAAUCUAAGCAGGAAGACCCGACCAACAUGUUGGGAUAUGAAACUUGCAAUGGAUCCUGCACAGGAAUGGCUCUACUAUGUGGCUGCCAAUGCAUUUUAACCGCCCUCCAACGCAGAACAACACGCAAAGCCUACGGAAUCCCUGGAGACUGCAGCUCAGAUUGUGUCCGAGCCACCUGCUGUUGUUGCUGUACCUUGAUUCAGAACGAGAAGGAAAUCCAAAAGCGAGAAGAGCACCGAAACCGCGCUGCUAUAGAGAGAGGCGUAACGUUCUCAGCUUAUGUGGCCCCUGGGCCAAUGACCUACCCCCCACCACCUAAAUAG